AUGGGGCACGAGAACUCGACAGCAGUCAGGGAGUUUGUCCUGCUGGGCUUGUCCCACAGCCACAGAGUGCAGGCGCUGCUCUUCUCCUUCUUCCUGCUGUUCUACGUGGCAGUUCUCCCCAGCAACGUCCUCCUCAUUCUCACAGUUCGGGGCGAUUCCCAGCUCGGAUCACCCCUGCACUUCUUCCUGGCCAACCUGGCGUUCCUGGAUAUCUGCUACUGCUCUGUCACCCUACCCAAAAUGCUGGCUGACUUAUUCUCCAGCCCGAAGACCGUCUCCUACAACGCCUGCGUGGCUCAGCUCUCAUUUCUUCACAUCCUGGGAGCAGCGGAAAUCUUCCUGCUCUCGGCCAUGGCCUACGAUCGUUACGUUGCCAUUUGCCAACCCCUCCGCUACGCCACGCUUGUGAGCGGGGCCGUUUGCCGUGCCCUGCUUGCAGCUUCGUGGGGCGGAGGCCUCGUUCACGGCGUCGUUUUGUUUGCUCUCACCAUCACCCUCCCCUUCUGCGGCCCCAACGUCCUGGACAACUUCUUCUGCGACGUCCGCCAGCUGGCGAAGCUGGCCUGCACCAACACCCGCACGGUGGAACUGCUGAUGUUCCUCAACAACGGCGCCGUCGUCGUGCUGUGCUUUGUGCUGCUCCUCACCUCCUACACGGCCCUGUUGCUGAAGCUCCGGGCGCGUUCCUCCCAGGCCAAGAAGAAAAUCACCUCCACCUGCAUUUCCCACAUGCUUGUGGUUUUGCUCACCUUCGGCCCGGCGAUUUAUAUCUACGUCCUCCCCUUCCAGGCCGUCCCGAUGGAAAAAGUCGUCGCUCUUUUCCACACGGUCGUCUUCCCUUUGACGAACCCCAUCAUCUACACGCUGUGCAACAAGGAGAUCAGGAGCUCCAUGGGGAGGUUGGUCCACAAGCACUCGGUGCGGCGUGGGCUUUUCACGAAGUAUUUCGGAGCGAAUAAAUGA